GACUCGAUUUCAAAAUUAAACGCUCGACGACCAUGCACAAAAUCUCUCGUCGAUCGAGAUAACCGUUAUGUAAAUUCAUUCGGACGUUGGGUAUUCCGGAAUCAGUCAGCUGAAGGAAGUUUCGAGAGGUGUCGGGCCGAGAUAUCGCACGGAAAGGAUCGCGAAGCUCUGACUGAUUAACGUAGUAAGACUACGUUUAGAAGGCAGCCAUCUUGCAAUCCCUAAUCAAAGAUCUUCGGCUAGCGGGUAUCGUUCUCUCUCUGGUUUUUUCGGCCAGUUAAUAUCAACACACAGUUCAUCAAAUGGCUUUAAAACGAAUUAAUAAGGAACUUCAGGACCUUGGAAGAGAUCCACCCGCGCAAUGUUCUGCAGGCCCUGUUGGAGAUGAUCUAUUCCACUGGCAGGCAACUAUUAUGGGACCACCUGACAGUCCGUAUCAAGGAGGCGUAUUUUUCCUAACAAUUCACUUUCCCACAGACUACCCAUUUAAACCACCUAAGGUUGCUUUCACGACUAGAAUCUAUCAUCCUAAUAUCAACAGUAACGGAAGUAUUUGUUUGGAUAUAUUAAGAUCGCAAUGGUCACCAGCACUUACUAUAUCAAAGGUGUUACUCUCAAUAUGUUCUUUGCUCUGCGAUCCAAAUCCAGACGAUCCAUUAGUACCAGAGAUAGCAAGGAUAUACAAAACUGACAGGGAGAAAUACAAUGAAUUGGCACGCGAAUGGACGCGCAAGUAUGCCAUGUGAUGCGCCAAUCUCCGUUGACCUCAACAUCCGAACGCCACCAACAAGCAGCCCCAGCCUAUUGCCACUUAUGCAUCAGCACAGAUUGAAAUUAGUUAUGGCUCGUCUACUUUUAAACUUAAGCCGCGACUCAGGCCCGAAGAAUCCUCUCAGGCAAGCGUCGACGAACUGUGGAGUUUCCCUUCGCCCUGGGUGGCCCGCGAAUACUAAGACGUUGCCACGAUGGCAAUCAAGGCAAUUUUAAAGGUGGUCACAUACACACACACACACACACAUACACAUACACACACAUACACAUACACACACACACACACGCACACACAAACAUACACUCAUUCACUCUCUUUCACACACAUUGCGCGCGUGCACGCACAUACACACAUACACAAACACACAUACACACACGCACACAUACACGAACACACAACAUUAUAUACAUAAUUCAGAUUACAAAAAAAGGAAAAAAGGGAAAAAAAAUGACAAAAAAAAUUUACCAACAAACAUGUCCGCUUUGAUUUUCAUAAAUAAAAAAAGGAAAAAAAGAACAUAUGGAAGUAAAAGAAAAAAAAAAAAAUAACAUAGGAGAGUGAAAGUAGGAUUUGUAUUUCAAUUGAAUAGUUUAAUUUUUAAUUAUAUUGUGCUUAUAUAUGGAUAACUGUAAUAUUAUAUACCUACUUUCUCAGUGAAAUGGAAAUGGAAAAAAAAAAAAUAUACAAACAAACAAACCUUCGAACUGACAGCACACCGAUUGUUAGUUUAAAAAAACGCAAGUGAGCAAUGUUUGCCCGUCCCCUGGAAUGAUACGGUCACUUUUUUGUAAGACUGGGCUAUAUAUAAAUACUAAUGAAACUAUACCCAUA